AUGGGAGUAUCAAAUUCUGUGGAACGUGAAAUUAAAAAAACACUGAGUAAAGCGUCAAGAGAAGGUGACAUUGAAACACUUACGGAAACGUUGAAAGCAAAAGAGGCACUUAAUUUAAUCAAUGAAUAUGGACCAAAAGGAACACCACUUUAUGAAGCAGCGAGUAGUAAUCAAGUGGAAGCAGCAAGAUUAUUAAUCAGACAUGGAGCCCAUGUUAAUAUUCAAGAUCAAAAUAAUGGAUGGACAGCUCUUCAUGCUGCUUGUAAGAAAAAUUGUUAUGAUAUGGUAAAAUUAUUAUUGGAAGCUAACGAUAUUCAAUUGAAUGUUACAACAAAAGAUGAGUUAAAACAAACACCACUUCAUUUGGCAGCUCACUUAUGUUCUAAAGAGGUUGUAAAAUGUCUAUUGGAUCAUGGAGCAAACAAAUCAAUAACAGAUACAUUUGGAAGUACACCUGAUAAAUGGACAAAAAAUCCUGAUAUUAAAACACUAAUUUUAAAUCACGUUAAAGAUAAUAAGCUAACUGCUCAAACACCUACGGAUAGUGCAAAUAUGUUAAAUGGAAAAUAUGAAAUUUUGGAAAGAAUUGGUAAAGGUGGAUUUGGUGUUGUUUAUAAAGUUAGAAUUACUCAAAGUGGAAUUGGUGACGAUAUUAGAGCAGUUAAAGUUGUAACAUUCGAUGAUGAAAUGGAAAUGGAAAAUGCAAAUAGAGAAGCAACAGCCAUGUUGUCAUUGGAUAAUCCUUAUGUUUUAAAAACUUAUGAAAUUUUCAAAUAUGAACCUACCAAAGGACUUUGUUUCUGUAUGGAAUAUUAUUCACAUGGUGAUUUAGAUACAUAUAUAAGAAAAACAAUUGGUACAGCAAUGGUACCAAAACAAAUAGUCUUUGCUGUAUUUUAUCAAAUGGCAAAGGCAUUGAGCUAUUUACACGAGAGAAGAUUAAUUCACAGAGAUAUCAAACCACAAAAUAUUUUUGUCAAGAAUUUGGAUGCAACCGUGAUAAAUAUUGUUUUGGGAGAUUUUGGUUUGUCGAAACAAAUUGAUAACACCCAAAAUCAAACAAAGGCUGGAACACUUCUUUUUAUGAGUCCUGAAGUGUUUAGUAAUGAACCGUAUGGAUUGAAGGCUGAUAUUUGGAGUUUAGGUGUUGUAUUAUAUCAAUUAAUGACAAAGGAAAUGGAUACUAAUAUUUGUGCUCAAUUACUUACUAAAGGAGCAAGUGGACUUCAAACAGUGAAAGAAAAACUUUCUCAAAAAGGAUUUUACCCAGCUCCACUUGUAGAUUUAGUAAUGCAAACUCUUUCAGUUGACCAUGAACAAAGACCUUCUUCUGCAGAUUUAUGUACCAAUUUAUUAAAUAUUAAGGAAGGUUGUGAAAAUGAAGGAUUUUCAUUAAAAUCAUUUUUAAAUUAA